AUGCGUGCCAUACCAUUCUUUACGGGUCUCCUCUCCCCGAUACAGAGGCGAGACACUUACGACGAUGGACAGUAUACCCAAGUCGUACAAGCUACGACGUGGACAUACUCUCCGUCCUACUAUACGUCAUAUCUCUCGACGGAAAUCAUCACCAUAACAUCAUACGUCCCAUGUCCUGUUCUCACUAGCUACACCACAGUCUACAAGUGCUCGACCUGCGGCGCGUGCGAUGACUGUGCCCCCACUGCGCAGACCACAUGUGAGCCGAAGCUCUGCUCCACUCACAUCGACAACGUUGUCGAAGCAACGACCACGCCUUACGGAUCGGGCGAAUAUGCCAUCGCAUAUGUAACGAGCUACGGUGGCGCACAGGCUGAGACGAUGAGUAUUCCUGCGUCCUUGUGUACCGCCUACGAGCAAAUCGACCUCAACGGCUUUGAUUGCCGGAGCCUCCCUGCAUGUGGCGGUUCGAGCCCAAGCGGACUCACAUGCGAAGCAAAACCGUGCACCACGUGUAUCGAUGAGGACGAGGACGGCGAGUACGAAACCCUCACCGAGGGCACACAAUACUUCUUCACCGACUUCGCCCGACUUACCGUGAACGGCCAGGUUACAUCCACGCCUGCAAGUCUGUGCGAGCUCCUAACCAUACCGACGCCGUGGAACGUCCAGCCCACACUCGCCUGUGGCUACGACAAUGACGCCGGGCCUGGCGAAAACAACAACGCCCAAGGCGCCCAAGCCAUAACCUACACUUACACGACGAACGGAGCGACCAUUGUCGUCGCCACCACCUUGCCCUCGCACGGGGGCCCGUUCCAUCUCACGGGCAAUGGCGGGGGAGCUCGAGUCGGCGGGGAGCUCGGCAGGAACGUGCUCUUUUGGAUGUGGAUUGGCAGUGCGCUUGUCGCGGGUGUGGGGAUGAUUGUUCUUUGA